CAGGAAGGAAGAAGAGGAAGAGGAAGAGGAAGAAGAAGAGGAGGAGGAGGAGGAAGAGGAGGAGGAGAAGAGGAUAGUGGAGAAGUGGAAGAAGCAAACAGAAGGAAUAAUAAGAAAGGUGAAGGACUUGGCUAUCCUACUUAGAGAGAAUGCUUUGAAGGACUUUGAGAAGGAUACCAUCUGGACCUGUGUUAUGAAGGAGUACUGGCAAUCUUCCACAGACUUUCCUUUCAUCACUAUCUUGAGCCCUUCCCCGCAACACACCAGCCUUCUACAGGACGCUGGAACUGCAAUACAGGCUGUGGCAAGGACCUACAGGCUACAGGUCACCACACAGCCCUCUACCAGCCCCCUACAAGCCCCUAUAAGCCCCAUACAGCCCCCUACAAGCUCAAAAUCUUCGUAUAAACACAAAGAAUCAUCAAACUCAAGAGAAAAUAUUUUGGCUGGUUCUUCUACUGUUUUUGCCCCUGUGGGAGUCCCCGGGGGUGUUAGGAAGGGUGUUAAUGGUGGUGUGGGUCCUCAAGGAUCUGUUCCAGCCCCCCAGGUGUCUCCAGCCCCCAUGGAAGCUCUAGGGGCUCAGGAGAAGGCUACAAAGUGAAGUCACACUCCCCCAGCGUUGCCAAGACGACGGAGGGUACCAAGGGGAGCGGCAGUCCCACCCCGUCCCCCACCAAGGCCACAGGGCAGGGGAAGCCACAGGGGAAGAGGGAAGAGGAGGAGGAGAAGAAGAGGAAGAAGUUUUACCAAGCCCAGUCAACUCUCAGCAAUCUUUGAACACAGUAGGACCUCUUGAGAAGGUGAAGUUAUGGCAAGCAUCACUGAUCAACUCGGAAAACCUGGUCGCCAUCUCUCCCUCUUCUGACUCUCCCAGCUCCUCUCCCAGCCAUGCCCCGUCACUCCUCUCCCUUGCAUCUAGUCACUCCUUCACCCCAGACACCCCACACACCCCUCCACCCCCCCACACCCCCAGAGAGAGCCAGGAAACACCCUCAAACACACACACAACAAGAGAAAUUUUUUAACAGCAUCGAAAAAUACCACUCCUUGCUUUUCUCCUCAUCCCACCCCUCGUACGCCUUCCCGAGCCACCCCACGGACACCCUGGGGGAGGUUAGGACACCCCACACCUCUCACGCACCCCACACACCCCAGAGACGCAGACAGUGGGUGCCCCGGUUCAGAUCACAGCUUGAGGUACAGUCAAAACGCAAGCUUAGAUAUGAUUGAUUAUUUGCCAGUUUCACAGCCUUCCCACAGCCUCCCACAGCCUGCCACAGCCUCCCAUGCCUCGUCACAGCCUUCUGCAGACCCUCAUGCUUUGCCACAGCCCCUCGUAACACACCAGGCUCCCUCACAGCACUUGGAAACAGCACACAGCGAAAUGGUGACCAGAAAUAUACAAGGAGAUGAACAAGCACACAUAAACACAGCACAGAACAGCACAGCAAUGUCACACAGUGUUACACAGCUGCCAGAGGAACAGUGCAGCAUUAUAAACAGCAUUGCAGACACCCCAGAUGCCCUCACAGCACCACAGCACACAGCAGAGGAUGAGAUAUUAAGCCUAGCCUUCGCAGCAUGUCCGAAAAACAGCGUUGAGAGAGAGAACAGCUUACAGCAUGACACAGCAGCCACAGAGGGACCAGUGACGGGUGAACAGCAAGUCACAGCAUCACCGAACACUGUCAAUGCUGUGAGGGAAGUGAGGAGGCCUAAAACAGCAAGAAAAGGCGGAAAAUGUAGAGAGACUUUAAAUUCGAGAGGCUUUCCAACAAGAUACCUAACUACUACUACUACUACUGCUACUACUGCUACUACUACUGCUACUACUGCAUCGGUGACCCCCAGUGACAUCUACCAAAGCAUUUCAAGACUGAGACGUGACUUUUCCAUCAUACAAAACCAAAUAUUAGGAACAGAACGAGAGAGGAAGAAAAUUCGCCGUCACAAGCCUCAAGACAAACGCGAUGCUAACACACAAACGCACGUACAGGCAAAACAGAGACCCCUACGCGCUCUUGACCUCUCGUGUGAGUCUGGGGGUAGUGACCGCAGUACUACCAUUCCUAACUGUGACCCUAAAAACCCCCACAGCCGCAGAAAAGGUCACGAAAGGUCGGGGGUUGAAAAUACAAAUAUCUCCGACAAUGCUGGGUUCAAAUGCUCCUCUUCCUCCUCCUCCUCCUCCUCCUCCUCCUCCUCUUCCUCCUCCUUCGCCACACAGCACCACGCCACUGUGCCAAGGGUGAAGACAGCGCCAAGCAACGAUCUGUCUUCCCAGAAUGCACUUGUCAUCUAUAUAAACAAUUUCAACCCCCCUUAUGAAGACACCGACCACCACCACCACCACCACCGCCACCACCACAACACCAGAAGCAACCACAGAAGAAGAACAAAAUCGCAUGACCUCUCCGUGACCCUUGACCUGACCACGGCGCUGGCCAGGACGGUACUGAGGCGAUCCGAGUCCCUCCUCACGUCACUCUCUCACACCAGUGCCAGAAAUAGCCCAAAUCCACCCAACAGGGACAGAUAGCCUGGAAAAAUAGCCCAAUCCAGGAGGAGGGUGUCAAAAUAGCCCAAUUGGUACCUGUGUUGAAAAAAAUAGCCCAAUUCAGGAGUUGUAGGGGGAGAAAGUAGCCCAGUCGAGGAGGGACAGGUAAAAUAGCCCAACUGGAAGCUACAAAGGUGAAAAAUAGCCCAAUUGAGGUUGAUGAGAAAAUAUAGCCCAAAGAGGAGGAGGAGGAAUAGAAAUGAAGGAAAAAUAGCCCAAAGAUAGAGGUAGUCAAAAAAUAGCCCAAAUAUGAGGAAGUUGUCCAAAUAAUAGCCCAAAUAUUUGUAGUGUGUGUGUGUGUGUGUGUGUGUCAGCUAGUCAGUCAGUCAAACAUACAGACAGACAAACAGA